AGAAGUAGCAGUCUGCAUUAAAAAGUCUUCAUAUUGCGAACAUAGAAACAACAUAUAUCUGACUUGAAAAUUUCAGUAAAAAUACAAAUUAGUGUAAAACAGUUGUAGGUAUACUUUGCAUAUGUUGUAUAAUUAUAAGGAAUCCUGCUGUAAUAGCUCAUUAUCUGCGCUCUCAAGAUCGUCUGAAGGCUGCAGGGUUGAUGGGACACCAGUCAGUCUAAGAACUAGCCAGAGUUCCAGAUGACCUACAUACAUCUCUAUGGUGCAAAUGUAUCACGUAAAUGUAUUAAAACCAGAAGGGGAAGCCAAAGCUUCUACAGUCAGCUUCUGAGGAACCUGCUGCAGCCUUGCAAGUACAACAGUGUUGUAGUGUGAAGAAUCCUUGCAAUGUCACAAUGUAUAAUGAAAACAUUUCAGACCGUCAAAUCAGCAUCUGUGAAAUUUUGCUUGUACAGGAACUCAAUUUCUUUGGUACUGUGGAAAAAACAUAUUUGUGACUCCUGUGAGUGGGAUAUUAAGUAUGUACAGACAGCGAAAGUCAGCACAGUGGUGCAGAGAAGUGCAGCUGCCUACAGAAAAAAUGCAAAUAAUUAUUGGAAAUCUGUGAAAUCUGCAAAAAGAAGCCUUCAUGGAAAUCAUCCACUGGCCAGUCAACUUGAUCCAUGGCCUGGUCCUAUGGAUGGAUAUAAAGAAGAUGCUCAAGCCCUGGGACAACAUCCAUUCACCUUCUCCAGACAGGUUGUAGCUAUCUGCGUGUAUCCAGAGCUCAUACACCACCCUGCACUACCAGAAGAUGCAAAAGAGCGAGCGAGGCGAAUUCUUCAGCACUGUAAUGGAGGAAGUGUUGGCUCAUACUCAGAUUCAAAAGGAAAUUCUUAUAUCAGAAGCAGUGUGGCUAAAUAUAUCGAACAAAGGGAUGGAGGAAUAUCAAGCAAUCCUGACAAGGUCUAUGUGAUGGGUGGUGCAACUGAAAUCAUCUCAAACGUGCUGAAAGUAUUUACUAGUGACAGAGGUACAGAUCAAGCUGGAGCUUUGGUGCCAGUGCCCCAUUAUCCUAUGUACUCGCAUGUAGCUGCCUUAAACAACAUGGUACGAGUGGACUAUUACCUGCAUGAAGAUAGCAGAUGGUCACUACAAGUAGAGGAACUACGGACAGCACUGUACAAAAGCAGAAAGUACUGUAAACCCAAGCUGCUUUGCAUUAUCAACCCUGGCAAUCCCACUGGUCAGAUUCUGAGUCCACAGUGCAUUGAAGAUGCCAUUAGAUUUGCAGAAGAGGAACACUUGGCUAUAUUGGCUGACGAGGUGUUCCAGAGUGCUGUGCACAAGCCAAACUGUGAAUUCUAUUCUGUUAAGAAGGUGUUACAUGGCAUGGGUCCAAAAUACUAUAAUAACAUCGAGUUAAUAUCUGUGAAUUCCAUCUCCAAGAGCUACAUGGCAGAGACCGGCAUGCGUGGAGGGUAUAUGGAACUGCUGAACAUUGACCCUAAUGCAGAGGAAUGCUGGUAUGAAAUGCUUUCUGCUCACUCUUGUGCUACGCUUGCAGCACAGAUUACACUGGAUGUUAUAAGUGAUCCCCCUCAGCCUGGAGACCUUUCCUAUGAUACCUUUGAACAGGAGAAGAUGACUGUGCUGAUGGCCAUGUCAGAGAAUGCAAAGUUAACUGAAGAAACAUUAAAUACCUUAACUGGGAUUCAAUGUCUACCAAUUGAGGCAACAAACUAUGCAUAUCCCAGAAUUGAACUCCCAGAAAAAGCUGUUACGUGUGCUAAGUCUCAGAGUAUAGAACCAGAUGUCUUCUACUGCAAGAAACUUAUGAGUGAAACUGGCAUUUCUCUCCUCAUGCCUGGCAGCUUGUUUGGACAAAAGGAAGGAACGUACCAUUACAGGAUGACAAUACCUCCUGGAAAAGAGAUGCUAAAAAUAAUGCUGACCAAAAUAAAGGAUUUCCACCAAAAGUUUCUGCAGGAUUACUCCUGAUACCAGUCAGUGAAACCAGAUGUAAUGGAAGGCAGAUGCAGCCUGGAAAAUCCUAUGAUAUUAUAUGAAGAGACUUUAUUUAAAGCCACACCAUACUUCCUAACGUUUGCAGGGAACCCUCCCUUAUUGGAAGUAAUCAGUGUAUAACAUGAUGACGUUGGAUGAAUGCAGCAUGGAGAAAUGUAAUGACUUAUUAAAUAAAAUCAGAUGGGAUUAUUUAUGUGCAUGGGCUGCUGUUUUGUAUCAAAGCAGGGAAAAUACAAAUACUGAACACGUCAGUAUUCACCAGAUUUCAUACAUAGUGUUACUGGCAUAUUAUCACUUUUGUUUUAUGUGAAUUAUGGUGUUUUUGUGUUCUUCUUUCAAAUAAAUCACUCAAUUUGCAAAGUACGGACAAUAAAUAAUAAUAGCUUAUGUACAAACUAUGGUCAUCAGUUUAUCUAAGUUCAAUUUUUUUUUUGAGACAAGGAGACACACAUAAUUUUCAAAUACACAUAGCAUAUGUACAGUAUAUUAAUCCUUUUAAUGCUGUUUUAUUUAAUGCUCAGAGCACUGCACAACUAGUAAGCAUUUCUGAAUGUAUUGAAAACCUACUGCUGCUAAAGAAAACUGGUUAGCAUAAUUAUUUUGUUUAAUUUAUCCAGAUGUGUUUUGGUUUCCUCCGUUGUUUAAUAAAACUGCUGAAAAUCUGAAGUAUUUGCCAUACCAAGCAGUGUCGAGCAUUGACAAGUUUUAAUGCUUCAUUGAUAAAGUGUUCAAAAUAAAUUUAAUUUUGUCAA